GGUCGGUUCAUUCCACUCACUCACCGAUCCGUUCGUCGUGAUGUUUGCCAAGCCCGCGCCUGCUGCCGCCCCUGUCAUGGACCAACAGAUGCAGAUGGCCAAGGUCGAAAUGGAAAUGUACACGGACUUGUUCAACAAGAUGGCGGAAGUGUGCUUCAAGAAGUGCAAUUACCGCUUCCACGAUGCCGACUUGAAUGUUGGCGAAAUGAGCUGCGUCGAUCGGUGCGUGGGCAAGUACAUGCAAGCCCAUCUGCAAGUUGGCACGACCAUGCAACGCGUCCAAGAUAGCAUGGGCGCCGGUGCGCAACAGUAAACCGCACAGCUAGCGACCAGUAGUAGGAGUGCCACGGAGCCACCGUCGACAACUUCCUUGUCAUGGUGACCGUGCCUAAGCCAGAUUCAAUAUUUCUUUUCCCUUUGUACCUCGUACGACAUGUUUAAGCGUCGUACGUUGCCAACGUGUGCAAGGUCUAGUGUCACAAGGCACGGUACUAAUAUAUAUUGCAUCGACC